AUGUCCUCCCGCGCACUUCGCAAGCUGCAAAAGCUGCGCGAACAAGAGUUGCAGCAAGCAUCGUUACAAGCAGAAGAAAACGAUGAGUCAAGCGAAGAUGAGCCCGUAUCCCAGCCUUCAAAGCCGAAGUUGAACGCCUUUGAUUUACUGAAUGCCGCCGAUGAAGAAGAGCAAGAGUCCGACAACGAUGCUCACGAGCCGGUGACGCAGCCAACGGAAGAUAUACCUGUCCCAGCGAAAUCGGCAGAUUCCAAGAAAAAGAAGAAGAGGAAAAACAAGAAGAAGAAGGCUUCUUCGAAAGCCACCGAUGAAGCAACAGCGAAUACCAAGGCAGAUGAUGAAGAGUUAGACGAGAUUGAUCGAGCACUGAGGGAGCUAGCUGUCGACAAUAACCGUUCCGCACAAGGCGAUGCCACGACGGCUGCAACGGGCAAUGAUCGCGAAUCCUCGUUUCCAAAGACUCCGGCGGAGCUUCUCGCCGUCGAUCCGAAGUCUCUCAAUGCAACGAAUGAAAUGCGAAAGUUGUUUGGUAAUGUUGUGUUGGAAAACUUUGAUCAAGAGGAUGCUGGCGCAGGCCGCAGAAGAGACAGGAACCGGGAAACGAUUGACCUCGGUCGCGCAUUGACUGGCAAAUAUAGUCCUGCGAGUAGAGGUCAGAGUUUAGCUGGCGUCACGCUGCGGCGCAACGUCCUGAUGCAGGGCAAGGAUGAAUGGCCUCGCACCCCUAGUGGUGGCCUCGGGAUGGAGCUGGUAGAGAAAUCAUCAACUGGUCCUACGGUCUAUCGGAUUAUUCACAACGCUUCCUAUAAGGACGUGCAGAUGCAGUUCGAUAUGUGUGUGGAGUCAAUGGACCCUCAGAGAAUGAUUCACCUACUACAAUAUAAUCCGUACCAUAUUUCGACUCUGCUCCAAGUCUCCGAAAUAGCCAAGCACCAAAGUGACCACGCUGUUUCCGCUGAUCUCCUUGAACGUGCGCUUUUCAACAUUGGGCGGUCGGCUCACUCAUCGUUUGGUACCAGUCUCAAGGAAGGUCAAGCAAGGCUGGAUUUUGCGCAUAUGGCGAACCGGGAGUUGUGGCUCGUCGGCUGGAGAUACAUUGCCAACUUGGGAAUGAAAGGAACCUGGAGGACAGCCUAUGAGUGGGCUAAGAUGUUACUGGGCCUUAAUGACAGUGAUCCAUACUGUAUCAGACUUCUGAUCGAUCACCUGGCCCUUAGGGGCCGAGAGUACUCCCAUUUUAUCGAACUUUGUACACAAACCCGGUUGAGAGAGGAAUGGGCUUCUCUGCCAAAUAUCCAAUGCUCACUUGCAUUGGCAUACCUCCGGUUGAACAAGCCUAAGGAAUGUAGAGAGCAGCUUCGUCUCGCCAUGGCUCGCUAUCCAUGGGUGUUUUGCAAGCUAGCGCAGGAGCUUGAUAUCCAGCCCAUGCCUAAGCAGGUUUGGGGCAAGAUGCCUCCGACUGACGCUCAUGAAUUGCUCACUGAACUCUACAUUGUCCGUGCCAAGGAUCUUUGGAACACACCCGAGGCAGUCUCGUUGAUCGUGGAAGUCGCAGAUACCUUGGUAGAAGAGGAAGAACCAGUUGAGCCUCCUGAGAUCACACUCGAUAUUGCCCGCCAUGUGGUGCUUUCAGACAUCCCUAAAGUCACAACGCAUCUACCCACACGCUUUGUCUCUGGGCGGAUAUCAGCGUCCGAUCCGCUCCCUCCCUAUGACUCAGAGGCCUUCCGCCAACAGUCGGAUCCCACCCCAUCGUAUUUGUCUCGAUGGCUGCGGGACCUUCUGGAUCAAAUGAACAAUGGCGCUAUUCGUUUCCCUGGGUUCCAGGGUGGAGAAGAAGUGCAUGACGAAAACGGACCGAGUGGUGAGGGUGAAGACGAGAUUAAUCCCACACGUCCACACCCUAGCGCUGAUCAGCAGCCACAACUUGAGCAGUGGCUCCUGGCAGAUGGUCUUCACAGUCUGGAAGCAUUUUUACGCCAGUAUGGUGUCGAUCGCGGUAACUGGGGGGAGGUCGUCGACUACUCUCCCUUGACUGAGUAUGUAGAUGCCUUGGACGCCCUCCAGCCGGAGACUCGACAGCGGUUACUCCACGGUCCGAUUCGGGACUCUACGGGUGAGAUGGCGAUCGAUUUGUUGGAAGAUGAACUUCAGCUACUAGAAUAUGAUGAAGAUGAGGAUGUGUGA